CAACUCACACUUGAACAAUUAUAGAUGUUUUAGCAGCAAACUAGCAAACAGCAAGCAAUAACUUUUCAUUCCGUUUCACAAACACAAAAUCAUUCAUGAAUACCAGUUUCAUUGAAAGCAAAAUCUCUCAUUUUAGUUUCACUCUGCCUCACUGCAAAUGCAUGCAUCACAAUAACAAGGUCAUAUCAUUUGCUCCACUUAUGUUACUAAGAUCAUCAAGUCACAAAUCUCUUAAGGUUGCAAACACGCCAAAGAUAACUUACUAUCGCGAUACAUGGCUUGAUCUUAUGGCUAUUAAUCAUCUCUCCCACAACCUACAAGCUGUAGCAGGUAUCCAAAUAGAGAAGGACGGUUAUGAUGGUUUGUUGGAGGCCUGCAAAGUAGUUAUUCUGAAGUUUGAUCCUGUGCAACAGAGUCAACUUGGCUUGGAAGGUCUCAAAAGGUCCAUUCCCAAGCAAAUAUUUCCUUUGAUGAAGGCAUUAAUCCCACCUUCUAAGUUUACAAGAGAACUCUUUGCCAAAUUCGCAGGCCUAUUUUUUGCUUGGCUAAUUGGGUCUUCUGAGCUAAAAGAAUCUGAGUUCAAUGGAAAAAGAGAGAAGAAUGUGGUGCACAUAAAGAAAUGCAGGUUUUUGGAGGGCUCUAAUUGUGCAGGGAUGUGCAUCAACCUCUGCAAGUUUCCUACUCAAACAUUCAUCAAGAAUUCUCUAGGAAUGCCGGUCACCAUGGUCCCGAAUUUUGAAGACAUGAGUUGUGAGAUGAUAUUUGGUGUGGAACCACCACCUCCAGAUGUAGAUCCUGCUACAAAGCAACCAUGUUAUAAACUCUGUAAAAUGAGUAGAAGGCACACUAUCCAGAGCUGCUCUUGAUACAUAUGAUCUGAUGCUACUAUGUUAGUGUGUGCUAAUAAAUAUCCAUGCGACAAACAUGUGCGCGCGCAUGCACAGUGCGUAGAGCUCCUUGGAGGAAUAUUUCUCAUACAAUUCAUGCAACACGGGACAAUACAACCAUCUCACGACAACUAUAGUAGUAUAGGCAUAUAAGGAGCAUUAUUUAAAGAUUCACAAAAGAAAUUCAAUUGCUUCUAACAAUAUUUUUAUUGUUGGUUGAUAAAACCUACUUGUACCACCUAAGAUUUACACGAUAUUUUAUGCUCCAAAAACAUGUAGCAAAUUGGACAAAAGUGGAGGUAUUACAUGACCAUGCAAGAAUUAAGAUGUACCAGCCGUACAAAAUGUCAUUACAAAAUGGGUUUGAAUAAAAUUUUCUUGUAGGCCUUGUUUAUUGUGUAAAGAAUGAGACAGAAAUGUUACGUUGUGGAAUGUAGGGUAGUAAGUGUUUGAUA